CUCGGCGUUUCUCAAGGUUAGGAUUUGUUGCCAAUAAUGGUUCCUUACAAUGUGCCCGUAGGAAUUAACUGGCAGGACUUCCAAGCGUUGUUUUAAUGUAAAACAUCUAAAGUUUCCCCACAAAAGAUGCUUUCCGAAGAGGCCAUUUUUGGUCACAAGCUCAGGAUGGACUGCUUCGCAAGCCAGCUCCACCAGUCGGAGUUGAUCUUGAUCUUGUUGCUGUUUUCCCCGGAAUGUGACCCGGGAACACGUUCCACCCGAGCCUGAGCUCUACAAUAUAUAUUUCGCUGCUUUUGUGCUCCCACAAACCAUCCUUUCAUAUCCGUGUUCUGUUGUUCUGAGGCUCUGGGUUCUUCGUGAAGGCCAUCCCAUCUACCCAAUUCCCCACAUCACCUUGGGUUACAUGUCACCGAGACCGAUCCUCAAACAAUGUCCACAAAGACGGGAAGCUUUUCCGUUUUCUGCAUGUUCGACGGUUCCAACGCCGCCGCGCCAUGUUCACUUCCCGCCAACACCAACUCUCACUUCUACGUAUGCUGCCCAUUCCUCUGCUACGUAUGACAGGUCACCUGUCAAAGUCCCUCCCAAUCAAUGUGCGCUGCCUGGGCGCCAUGAGAGGGAAUUUGUCUGCAGCGAUGACAAUCAACCAUAUCCAACGGCCGAGAUAAAGGGAAGCUAUUUCCACCCUCGAGCCUACGAGGCCUGUGCCCCGGAGCCAUCAGGUCACAUCCAUCUACAUUUCGCGCUCUCCUCUGCUUACCCCUGACAUCUCGUCAGUAUCUGAUGAAUAUGAGAACUCGGUGAUAACACCACACCGACA